AUGUUCAAAUCGCUUCGCACCGCCAAAGAAAAACGCCAAGGUCCUGCCCGGAGAUACUACCGCGGUCUCUGCACCGUCACCGCCACCUCCAUCAUCGUCAUCAUAUUCAUUCUCCUCUCCCUCGUCUACCAAUUCCCGGGAAGAAAUAACUCGAUUCUCGACAUUGAAAACCCAAGUAUCACGUAUAAAAUUUACAUCUUCCAAUACUGCGUUUCUACCGGCGACCAAAACGACAAUGGGGUUGACAAAAACCCCAACGCGAAAGAUGGAUUGGGGUGUCAUUUAGAUCUCAACCCCCUCGGCUACAUCGUCGCCACAACCAACAAACAAGCCGAACCCAGCGAUCUCGCCACCUUCUACACGCUCAUGACCAUCGCAUUCGCCUUCUACUACGUUGGCUGUCACGCAGUCGCGCUCACGAUAUAUCUCUGGUGGCGAUGGUUUAAUCGACACUUCGACCCGGGAGAAAAAGUGCCCAAGAAAAGUUUCAAAAAGCUGAUGCUCGCGUGCUUUGUACGAAAAAAAGAAGAAGAAGAAGAAGAAGAAGAAGAAGAAGAAGAAGAAGAAGAAGAAGAAGAAGAAGAAGAAGAAGAAGAAACAACUAACAUCCACCUCUCCACCUCCCCCCAGACCGGACUAACCAUCUUCUGCAUCCCCGCCUCCUGCCUCACCCACGCCUCCUACCUCGGCAGCGGAAUCGCCGGCGGCGGAAUCCCCAAAUCCUAUUCCAAAAUCGGGAAUCUCUACAUGCUCUUCGUGCAUUCUCUCUGGCUCUGGUAUCUCGCUUCUCUUCUCAUCGUUUUUCUGCUCUUCAGAAAGGAGUAUCCCAAGCCGCCGAAAGAGAAAAAGGAAGAGGAAGAAAAGUCGGAGGAUACGGAAUCGGUUUCGGGUUCGGGUUCGGGUUCGUCGAAUGGAACUGAGUGGGAUUAUGCCUCGGAGCCUGUGGGUCAGACUUCGUGGUAUAGGGAAUAGCGUAGUGGUGUACGAUGCUCAGGAGUCGGAGUCGGAUAUCCUUUCAUAGAUGCGUACAUAAGAUAUCCGUUUUUUUAGUUUUCUUAUCUCGAUGAGUAGAAUAUACACAUAUUCAUAAUAAUCGACGCAGAAAUUACGUGUGCUUCUACACUAGUAAAAGGUAUUGGUGACACCAA